UUGCCGGAGACUUGGUCUGAUUAGUUUGCAGGGUGCGUGAUAAAUACUAGUACUGUUAAUACAUUAUAUCAUUUAAUACUGUACAGAUCUGUACAAGAAAAUCUAGAAAAGAUUAAAAAAAAAAAAAAAGACAUGGAAACAAGUAAAAAUAAAAUUAAACAACACAAGCUAGUUAAACCCAGUAAUCGAAACACAGCUCCCUUUCAUUCAUUUAAACUUAAUUUCGUGCUUAUAUCCAAUUAAGGUUCGAGCGCGUUGUCCGGGGCACACAAUUCAGCUAUUUGGACUGUCUGUCUAGAACAGUGGGUUAGUGGUGAGCUGUUAGUUGUAGAGAGAAAUUAGUGUAGUGCCUUUACACGUAUCCACUAAGUCGUUAAACUGCCGCUGGGUGUGAGGCGGUACGGGGAGGUGACCCCGACACCUAUCAGCCUUAUGUUCGAUGACUUAACCGAGACCUGUAGAUAUACUGUACUAGUUAUAUUCUUUCUUAACCGAGACCUGUAGAUAUACUGUACUCGUUGUAUUCUUUCUUAACCGAGACCUGUAGAUAUACUGUACUCGUUGUAUUCUUUCUUUUAUAUUGUUCUCUAGAAAGCGAAAAUGGCUGUGCCUGAUUGGAGCUGUACUUUUGUUGAUACUGUUUGCAAAUUAUUCACAACUGAACGAAGUCAGCCCAGUGCCAAACACAAUGGUCGAUUACCACACAGCUGACGAAAGCACGAUGCAGAAAGUCGCCAAAGACGCCAAAGUCAACUCGAAACAAAAGGGCGAAAAAGAAAGGAAGGCAAAAGUAGGCGCGAAAGAAAGAACGAUGCAACUUGGCGCGAAAGACAAACUUAUCGUCUGGUAUAACGGCGCCUCCCGUAUAUGGAACCAGUCGAUCACGAGGACGUCGACUUGCGGACGUUACACGUGCAAGGUUUCACAGAACAGCAGCGACAUCGCCAAGGCAGACGGCGUCAUCGUCAACGCAUUUUACUUAAAACCGGAAGAGAAGCCGCCUCAGCGACCACACCCAAACCAGAUUUGGAUGUUUUACUGCCGAGAAUCGGAAAGCACCCUCCGUUACGUAAAAUGGCCGUCGAAAUAUUGGAAUACACUGUUUAACUGGACGAUAACGUACAGGUCGGAUUCAGAUUUCAAGUUUCCGUAUGGUGCCAUUGUAAAUAGAAAUGGAGCCAAGAAAGACUGGUUGAAAAUCGCAAAAUCUAAAACAAAAUCCGCUCUCUGGAUUGUAAGUAAUUGCGUGACGUCAGGACGGCGGGAAGACUACGUGAAGAGGUUACAGCAGUACGGGGUUCAGGUUGAUAUUUAUGGUAAAUGUGGAAAGCUGAAAUGUCCAAAACAAAUGGAACGAAAUUGUUUUAAAAACUACAGAUUCUAUCUUGCUUUUGAAAGCCAAAUGUGCGACGAUUACGUGACAGAAAAAUUGUUCAAAGUUUUCAAGCAUGACGUAGUUCCUGUUGUACGAGGAGGGGGAGAUUACUCCAGUUCAUUUCCAAGUCAUUCGUUUAUCGAUGCUUCGAAUUUCAAAACGCCUGAAGAUUUGGGGAAAUAUUUAUUGUAUUUAAGAAAAAAUGACACAGCUUAUGCGCAGGCGUUGGAAAACAAGUCCAAAUACGGCAGCGUUCAUCCGCAACCUUGGUGUGAUAUUUGUAAACAUUUACACCAGCUUCCGUCUUACAGAAAAACAUAUCCUGACAUUGGAAAGUGGUUAGACAUAAAGAAAUGUUACAAGCCUACAGAUUUGUGAAAUGGCGACAACUAACGUAGUCCCUACAUUUAAAAGUGAGGUUCUUAUUAAGUGACGCAACUAUCUGGGACCUGAUAAUAUACUAAACAGAAUUAAGAACUAAUUAAGGACCUGGCUCCGUGCUUAUAAAACGUUUCGAGUCCAGACGUGGCAUGCAUACAAUUUGUACGGCGUUGUCAUGACAGUAGUGUCACAAUUAUUUGGCAAGAAACAUUUUUAUUUAUACUGGAUUUCUUUUUUCAAUUUUUUUUAUUUAAGUUGGUAUGGGGUUAAAACUUAAGAAAACGUUUUUUAUAUGAAUUUUAAGUUUAUUCAUUAUGAAGUUACAUGCCAAUUCAUCGGUUUUCUUUUGAAGCAAACGGAUUAUAAACGGUGAGCACGUGGUUAUUAUUCAACAAAGAACAUUCUAGUUUUCAUUUUGGUUAAAUUUCAGUGUGAUAAUUGGAGGGUUAGUUGAAUUUGAAAAGGGCCAGUAAGAUUUUUCUUCAACUGGCCCUGCUGGCGACCGUAGUUUUCAUGUUAAUUUCCAACCCUGAGUUUUUCAGACUAUAUUAGAGUCUCGAGUGUAGAAGUAAUGUCUGAUUUAAGUUAUCAAAACCCCCAGCUCUAAUACUGAAAUUCGCCAUAGAGUUUAAACACUACUAGAGUCUGUCACUUUACACGUAAUAAUGUAAUCAACAAUUUAGAGCUAAACCAAUAACAAGCAUCGUCAAGUACCAACGUAUAGUGAAUGCUAUCUGAAGCUGUCCAGUUCAUGAUAUUUUGUAAUCAGGCAUGCAAAAGUUCAUAAAGCAUAUCCACGAGCCUACUGCUAAAUUAGUUUAUGGUCAUUUCCAAGUAUAAGGCGCCUGUGGUCUAUAGUAACUGCUGGCUGGUGCUAUACCCUAGUUUAAUAGUGUUAGUACAUUUUUGUCCCAUCUAUUUGGUAUAUUUCUAUAUACGAAUGUGCUUCAGAGUAGUAUGUGUAUAUGUCUGUGUGUACUCUCUCUCUCUCUCUCUCUCUCUCUCUCUCUCCUCUCUCUCUCUCUCUCUCUCUCUCUAUAUAUAUAUAUAUAUAUAUAUAUAUA